GGCUUGUUGUUAACAAAUGAGUCCUGCCCGGUCUGAUAGAGUAAUGGUGGUCCAUCUAUUGGAUUAGUGCAGGGAUUUCACUGUGGUAUUAAUCUGUGAAGACAGCAGGCGACCUGAGCUGCGCUCUCUCUGAGCUGUUGUGUCGCUCAGCCUCUGGCUGUCUGUCAGCCGCUCUUUCUGCUCCAUCUGACGCUCCGCGACGCACAGGAGACCCUCUCUGCCAACAUGAACCUCUUCUGCUUCUCACUGGAGGGCUCCAUGGACAGCCUGUAUGAGGCGGUGCAGAGCUCCGGCGAUGGCCCACCUCCACCCAUCCCCAGCCGCUCGUCCAGCCGCUCCUGCAGCCGCUCCUGCAGCCCCGCCGUUCUGCUGGAGGACAACACAAAGUGGAGAGGCUCCGGACGCUGCGUCUCCACAGACCAGCCUCACACAACCAACUCCAACAAGAAGAAGAGAAGAACACACAUUUCCAAAUCUGCAUCAGAUAAUGAAACACUGGAUAACCCCGUCUGUAAUACUGCGGUGUGGCAGCCGGCCAAAAGCCAAGAAGAUUUAGCUCACGUCACCAACAAGCACAAUGAAGAGGUGCGGAGGACAAAACACAGAACAGAAACAAAAGGAGGAAAAGGAACCAAUCACUCAGGGACCAAGAAGAAAGAGAAGCAACUUUUGACUCAGAGUGUCCCUACAAACGGAGUGAUAACAGAGUCCAAAGCUACCGUUAAAAGACACCAUAAGACGGGGAAAAAAACAGGUGGAAGGAGCGGGAAAGAUGUCUCAAAGAAAAGUCACAACCCAAGAGUUCACUCUCCAUCGGGCACGCUGAGCCCACCUUUGGGACCCCAGUUUUUGGAUGUGCCAUACCCCUCCAGGCCUGACAAGCGGCUGUACCUCGGCAAAUCCUCCACCCUUCCCUCGCAAGAAAACACAACCCCAGGCCGCUACGCCGACAUGGUCAGUCUACCUGGUGGAGCCACGCCCACCCAUCACCAGCGCUGGAGCAACCCGGGCGACAGCAGCCCUGCGUGGAGCACCAUCCAGCACACCUGCCGCCGGCCGCUCACAGAGUACCGCGCCUACUCCCACGAGUUUAGCACAUUGCAGAGCAAAGAGUGGAAAGGGAGCCAGCAGGCGGCAAUCAUCCAGGACGGCAGCUUGAAGCGGGACCGGGAACCCCAGUUACCCCCUAAGGUGCCACGAUCAGCCACCCAAGUGGAUCUGUCAGAACCAAACGUAAGUGUGUUCAGGUUUUACCACCGUAAUGGAGACCCCAGAAUAAAGCUAAAACUGAAAAUGUUACAGAGGACAGCAUCCAACGUGUCAGACAAGAAAAGCAGCAAACCUAAGCGCUCUACGAGCUUCGGUCGCUUCGAGGGCCUCAGGCAUCACUCCUCACACGCAAAACCAGAGGACAAUGGAACAUCAGUGCUCAGAGAGGACUGUGAAAGUCCAGACCCUCACAAGUCGACCGGACUCGGGAAGAAGAUGAAGGAGAUUUCACUGACCAUGCGAAGGAAAAUGGGGAAAAAGCACGCCAAGUCCUUCUCAGAGGAGACAGGGGAUGACACAGACAAAGACCCGGAGGCGGAGCACGAAGCUGGUCAGACAGGCGAGAAGAACUCUGCAAAGACCAGCAUCUCCUUAGAGAGUCUUUACAGCGGCCAGAGCUCGUCCAGUGGUGUGACCAGUGAGUCUAACGGCUCUGGUCAGAGGGACAGCCUGAAGCUGGAGGAGGAUGGCUCCUACCACGGGCAGUUCUGCGGCAGAGCUCGCGUCCACACAGAUUUUGUUCCCAGCCCCUAUGACACAGACUCUCUCAAGCUGAAGGUGGGUGACAUCAUCAACAUCAUCAGCAAGCCUCCAAUGGGGAUCUGGACGGGCAUGCUGAACAACAAAGUGGGGAACUUCAAGUUCAUCUAUGUGGAUGUCUUGGAGGAGAAGGAGGAAGAGGAGGAAGCGCCUAAGAUCAGACCUCAGAAGCUGUGCAGAAGACCUCGACCCACAACGCUGCUGGAGCUGCUGGAGCGCUUAAACCUGGAGGAGUACGCAUCCGCCCUGCUGCUGAACGGCUACCAGACGGUAGAAGAUCUGCUGCACCUGCAGGAGAAGCACCUGAUCGAGCUGAACGUCAAAGACGCCGAGCACAGACACAAGCUGCUCGCCGCUGCUGAAUACCACUACACAGCAGGCGAUGAUGCCAGGGACACAGAGGAGAACAGAUCCUCCAACAGUCUACAGGAAGAAGACAGCGACUGUCCCAGAGACUCAGGCUGCUUCAUCCCAUCCGAGUGUUCAGAAACCAAGGACGACGCAGAGCAAGUCCCAGAUGCACCAAGCUCCUAAAAGUGCUCCUCGUUUAUCCGGAUAUGUUGACAUUUGGAAUUCACGGCUGCAAAUUUCGCUACAAAUUUAGAGAAAAUUGUACAAAAAGUCCUUCCUUAAUCGUUUAAAGAUGCUUGUUUAUCUUGUUCCAACUGCAAACUUUUCCAAUUUGGGGGUUUUCCAGGUGUAAAAGAUGAUCAAAAAACGACUUCUCUAAAUGCCAUCUUAUCCUCUUGUUGUUUUAUCAAAGUAAAACUUGUCAAGUUUCAUUCUUAGAGCUGUUGCUAAGUAUCAUUUCACAGAUAUAUCUGAUUUAUUUAUUGUUUCAAAUAUAUUCAAUAUUUUCUUAAAAUCUUUUAAGCCUUUAUUUAAAAACAGCUGCAUUACUUGUAUUUUUCCUGUCAUGUUCAUCUUCUUGUGGUCUGAUUUUCUGUCCUAUGAAUUAAGCAAAUCUAAAGAGUGGAUGUUAUUGAGUGCAAGCAUCAGGAUUUCUAACCUGUUCACUGUACAGAAUGAGUGUAUUAUUUUAUGAUCAAGAAUUUAAAUAUGUUUGUGUGUGUAAGAGUGAGUCUGUGUAUUUUUGUGAACAUUUGUAUUCAUAUGAUAUCAUAAACCUUUUGUAAAUAAAAUUUAAACAUUAAAA